AUGCCGAGCUCCACGCACCCACAGGCCAAAUUCGACCCCAUCCCGCCGGACCUCGACCUCGAGGCCCUCGUCGAGAACACGCCAAACUUCGAAUGGGUGUUGCGCGUGCCGGCUGCUAAAAUCCACCGGCUCGGGCCCCAGGGAUUCGAAAAGCUCGUCCUCCUCCAUGUCAUCCUCGGCGGAAGACCGUUGGUCAUCGAGAAGUGGAACGACCGGAUGCCUCGCUCCGUCUUCAGCGCGCAAUGGCUCGAGGCAACAUACGACAAGAAGGAGGAGGCGGUGCGCGACAUCGGGUCGCAGUCCGACAUGCGCAUGACCAUCGGCCACUACCUUCGCUCCAUGAAGCAGCUCGCGAAUCAGUGGACCCCAUCCAACUUUCGCGACGAGCGCCGCCAGAGGUUGUAUCUCAAGGAUAUCGACUGCCCUCCAGAGUGGCACGACCGUCUGCAAAAGAUCCUGCCGGCCAACGUGUUUUACAUGAACGACAACAUCGACCAGCGGGGCCGCCAGCCUGACGCCGAUUCUUUUGAGGACCGUAGCAUCGCUCCAUCCGGCGAUCUCAUGAGCUCCCUCCCCGAAGAAAUGCGCGCCCAGAACCUCAUGUGCUACAUCGGCCACGAAGGCACCUACACACCUGCUCACCGCGAGAUGUGCGCGAGUCUGGGCCAGAACAUCAUGGUAGAGGCCUCCACUGACGAAAACGGCGAAAAGGCCGGAAGCUCGGUGUGGUUCAUGACCGAGACCAAGGACCGCGAGGUUGUCAAGGAGUUUUUCCUCUCCAUGCUGGGCCACGACAUCGAGAUCGAGAAGCACUUUGCCCAGAUCAACGCAUGGAAGAAGGCGACCUUCCCCGUAUAUGUUGUCGAGCAGAGGGUCGGAGACUUCAUCCUUGUUCCUCCCCUCGCCCCCCAUCAGGUGUGGAACCGCGGCACACGCACGAUGAAGGUUGCGUGGAACCGAACAACCGUCGAGACGCUGGAGAUGGCGCUACAUGAAGCCCUGCCCAAGGCAAGGCUGGUCUGUCGCGACGAACAAUACAAGAACAAGGCCAUAAUCUACUAUAGUCUGAAAAAGUACUGCAGGGACAUUCGCAGCUUGGAGGAGAAUCAGGACGCGGGCUGGUUGGAUAUUGGUCAAGAUAUUAUGCGAAACUCUGCCAGGUCCAAGCAGAUGAUGCAUGAUUUUAAGAAGCUGUUUUCACUGUUCACCGAGAUCCUGGUGGGAGAGAUGUUUGGGCACAAGGAGACCAACGUCGAGUUCAUCGAGUUCGACUCCAACAUCACAUGCUCCUACUGCCGCGCGAACAUCUUUAACCGCUUUCUUACAUGCAAGCACUGCGUUCGGGUGCUCGUCAACGGCGAUGAGGAUACAUACGAUAUCUGCAUGGAGUGCUACACCAUGGGCCGGUCGUGCGUCUGCACCUCCAACCUCACCUGGUGCGAGCAGUGGGACUGGGCCGAGCUGGUGGAGAACUACGAGACCUGGCGCACAAUGAUCAUCACCGACGAUGGAUACAUCGACAUCAACAACUCGCCCCUCCCACUCGAGAUUGCACGGAGGAAGAAGAACAAAAAGUCGCUCGCUCAGAUUUGCCAAGAACAGCUUCGCAGGCGUCCAUUCAAAGACAUCACAAAGAUUGAUGAACCCGAAGCGCAGGAGCCGUCCGACGUCGAGGUGGACGACGAGGGACGGCCGGUCAAAAAGAAGAAGGGCCGGAAAAAGAAGAAGGGCGAGGUCUACCGCUGCCACGUGUGCUGCCACAAGGACAACACGUUCCGCCUUGCCUUCUGCUCGAACCAGGGCUGUACCGAAGCAUACUGCUACGGAACGCUCUACCGGGCCUUCGAUAUGAUGCCGCAAGAUGUCAUGGCAAUCGAGAGGUGGAAGUGCCCCAGGUGCACUGGGAUCUGCAACUGCGGCAGCUGCCGGAGGCUUGGAACAACCACCCCGUACACCCCCAAGAACACCCUCCUCGGCCACGAUACCAAGCGGAUUGCCGACGACAGGAGCAUCGAGCUGCUAGUUGACUUCCGCAUUCACAACCUCAACUGGCUCAAGGCGACCGGUGAGGAGGGCAGGAGCCAAGACUCGCGUCGCAUGCAAAAACUCAAAGAACAGGCGGAAGCGGACAAGGCCAGUUCGAGUCGGCCAAGUGCCGAUCCCACGGUACCCGGUGACGGCGCAGUGCAACCACCGGCGACGAACGGUUAUGGAGACCAAAGCAAUAUCCUGGGCGGUGCUCCUGUUGCCGGUGGCCCAGCGGAUCAACAGGCACAUGGAGCGGAGGACACCACGCUCGCCGAUCUUGCAGACCAGUCUGCUUUUGCCGAUAUGUCAGCCUACCCAGAGCCAACAGGUGGUCAUGACAGGAUGCUGGGACUAGCAUACUACCAACAGGAUGAUAGCCCUGAUAAGAUUCUGUUCGACGAGUACGAGAUGUUCUCGGCCGAGGAUCUGCAGCAGGAGGAGCAGUCUGAAUUUCUCAAAAAAUCGCUCCGGGCGGCCAAGCGGAGGGCUAGGCUCCUGGACGAUAACGACCCCGACUUCAUAGGGCCUCGGUCGCACAAGCGCAAGAGGCCCCGGAUGGACGAGGACGUUGCUGCUCUCUAUCAUGCCAUGGUGGACCCGACUUUGACGGAUGACGUUACUAUGGGGGGCACAAAUGGCGCAGACGAGGGAACAGCUGCCGACCCGCCCGACGCAGCUCCUGGCGAGCCGGGCGGCGGUGAAGAUGAUAUCGACAGGCAAUAUCUGCCAUACGAACCAAAUCAGCCGACUCUCCGCCACGCCAGACCGACAAUAUCGUACCUGGAGCCGGAAAUGAACCCAGAGGACGAGUUCAACGAGAUCAUGGUUCCGAAGCAACCCAAAGGCCCCGAAGCUGGAGAUGUGGUUGAUAGCAUGGAUCCCAUAGAUCUCGCCGCCGGUGCUCUGAGGACUUUGACUGGCGAAGGCGCCCCUCAACCUCCACGCCGUCGCCCUGGGAGGCCCAAAGGACCACGGAAUCCGGUGCGCCUAGCGGCAGCGGUUGAAAAGGAGCAAGAACCUCGGACCCGUCAUUCACGGACUUCACUCCUUGCCAGCAAAGGGCUGGACAGGAUUAUUGAUCCCGACGACUCGGAUGCCAAUGCAAACGAGGAAGAGAUCUCGGAGUUACUUGCCAUGGAGCUUGACGGCCCCGAGAGCCAGGGUCCUACUCAUCCAGAAGCCAGCACCCCGGCCCCGCCUCGGCGGCGAGGGCGACCACCGAAGCAGCGGACCGUCAUGGACACGCCGGAUUCGGCGUCUCGAGACGCUCGGCCGACGCCUGCGCACUCGGCCGAGCCGAAAUUCUUGUCCAUGAAGGAGCGUAUGGCGCUCAAAGGAAAGAAGUUCAAGAUCAAGGCACGCAAGGGAUCCGAGUCUGUAUCAACACCAUCCAGCUCCGUGCAGGUGGAGAAGCCGAGCCCCGUGCCGACAGCGGGACAAGGGGUCGAGCAGCAACCUGAAGAUCAGCCCAAGGAGCCCGAGGAUCAGCCGGAGAAGCAGUCUGAACAGCCUGAGCAGCCCGAGAAGCAGGUCGAAGUUCCAAACCCUCGUCCUCGCGGUAGGCCCCCUCGCGUCAGCCAGACCCACCUACCGGAAGAGCCCAAGGCGCGGCCUAAGGAACGCCGGCCUCGAGGUAGACCGCCCCGGGUACAUAAGGACGGGCAGCCGGAGGCGCAGCCUGAAAAGCACCGGCCCCGAGGCAGGCCGCGAAAGGAGGACAGUGGUGGUGUUGACGAUGACAACUUCAUACCUCGAUCGCGGCAGCAGACUUCCUCGCAGGGACAAGCAUCCUCGCUAGAGCAGACGUCACGCAAGCCCAGCCAAACCACAUCCACCACCAAUAGCGUCGAGCCUCGGCACAGCCUUGCACCGAGCGCCGCGAAGCCAGUCGCUGUGCCGCCCCGCCCCCCGCCGCAGGCGGCUGCUCCUCCCCAGCCUCCUGUCCCCAAGGGCCCUACGGUAGUCAGGCUCGGGGAUACCGACUCGGAGUCCGACGGCGGCAUGUUUGUUGACAACCACGGCUUUGACGAUUUGUCCAUCUCGGAGUCCGACAACGAUUCCGACGACGAAGACAUCCCCGCCCAUCAACCCGUCUUUGCCGCCCGCGGAGGUCGUACCGGCAUGUCCACUAGGGGCGGGCCACGCGGCGGGCCUCCUCGGGGCGCACGCGGCAUUCGAGGCGGGCUCGGUGCACGCUAA